CAGGAAAAGACAAAGGUAUUUGUGGGUGGGUGGUUUUUUUUAAAUUUUAUUUUUAUUAUAGCCUUGUUGAUUGCAAGGAAAAUCUGGGAAAGUGUCAGGCACUGUUUUGAAUUAAAAGUUUUUCCAAUAUAGUGUCUUUCAGAAAGACACUGAACAAGUAAUAGACCCCUUCUUUAUGUUUUGUUGUAGUUGGUAGUGUUUCUGUAUGGAAGAGAACCCUGCAAGCAUCGAAAUAAACUAGGUUGGCUGAGAAAGCAAAGUGAAAACAGUCUAGUUUCUAACACACAUCACUAGGAAAAGAUGCUGCUAUUGCAAUAGAAAACAGGGACUCUCUGCUUUUUGGUAGACUUUCAAUACUGCUUCCUAUUGCUGUACUCAAAAUUACAGAUGAAAUGACAAAAACUUUCCUUUUUUAAAAAAAGUUACUUACAAGGGAAGUGAUAUAAAACACACACAUAGUGUUAUUACAGAGAACAACUGACUUUACCAGAAGUCUGCAUUGUCUGCUAAACAGAUGAUAGCAAUAGCUAAAGAAAAUAUUUAGACACUGAAGGCAAUAGAGGAGUAGCACUUUACAGCUGGGAGUUGGAGGUCAGGCUGCUCUGGUGCACUGGAGCAUUCACUUUUCACACAUUUCGGUAGAACAGAGCUUCUGUAUCGUCCCCAUCUCGUUUCCUCAGUGAUACGUGACAAGGUUUUUAUAAGCAAUGAGGGUGCAUAAUUAAGCUAUUAUUAGCCUUAAGUGGUUUUCAGAGCUGCUGUUUUGUUUUUUCCUAAUGAACAGCCUUUUCCUGUACAUACACACAAUAAAAUGUCAUGUAACACGAUGUCUCAGAGGCACAGUAUUGUUAGUUCAUAUUUACAAAACUAAGGUGAGAUAAUGCCUUUGGAAAACCAAGUUGAACGGGACACACUGGUCUUCCACUUCAUAAUGUGUGAGAUUCAAGAAGAAUUUGGUCCCAAAGGUAGUGUGAAACUGGUCAGAAGUGCCUCAAUCUGGUUUGAGGGCUGUCUGAUCCAUUUGAUGUUUUUAACGUAAUAGGUGUUAUUAGCCCAGUAAAUAAUUAAAUGUUGGGGAAGUUAUAUUUGCUAAUUUUGACACCAGUAAUCAAGAGGAAGCUGACAAGGCUGCAGUUCUAAUGAUAUGUUUUAACACACACUUCAUUUUUGAUUGGGCUGUGUAUGCUUAAAUAUUUAAUUUUGCAGACAUUAAUGGAAAAUUGACAGGGCCUGCAGUUUAAACUGUUCUUCACUGAUUGUAGCAUCUCAUGGCUUUGUGUUCAUCUCUGCUUAUUUAGAAUGUUUGUGUGUAAAUUUUUUCAAUUGCUUUAUUUCCCUGCUGAGUCUCUUCCCUGUGUUACUUUUUCAGUGCAAAAAGUUUGGUUGUAAUUUUCAGUCUGGAGCUUUACCAAAGGCUUCCUUUUGGCAGCUGGAUUUCUUUUUUUCAUGGACAUGUAUACCUCUGAGAAACCUUCUCCAUCAAGAUACCUUGCUUCAAGACCUCUCUUGGAUUAUAUACAAAGAAGUUUCCAGUCAUGAGUGCAGAUGCUGAGCAGGAUGCUGCUAUCAAACUUGCCCAGGAACGAGCAGAGAUAGUUGCCAAGUAUGACAGAGGACGUGAGGGUGCUCAGAUUGAACCGUGGGAAGAUGCUGACUACCAUCUUUACAAAGUCACUGAUAGAUUUGGGUUUUUACAUCCGGAGGAGCUUCCGGUCCAUGAUGUGAUGAUAGAAAAGCAAAAGCACCUUGAAAUUGAAAGAACUACAAAAUGGCUUAAGAUGUUGAAAAGCUGGGAAAAAUACAAGAAUAGUGAAAAGUUUCAUAGGAGAAUUUAUAAAGGGAUCCCACGACAGUUCAGAGGGCAAGUCUGGUCUUUGUUGCUUGAUGUUCCUAAGAUGAAAGAAGAAAUGAAAGACUUUUAUAAUAAAUUGAAGUGUCAAGCACGAGGGUCUUCACCAGAUAUUCGGCAAAUUGACCUUGAUGUGAACCGGACGUACAGAGACCACAUCAUGUUUCGGGACAGAUAUGGUGUCAAGCAACAAUCUUUGUUCCAUGUUUUAGCUGCAUAUUCCAUAUAUAAUACGGAAGUUGGAUACUGUCAGGGAAUGAGCCAGAUCACAGCUUUGCUCCUGAUGUUCAUGAAUGAAGAAGAUGCCUUCUGGGCCUUGGUGAAACUUCUCUCUGGUCCAAAGCAUGCUAUGCACGGUUUCUUUAUUCCUGGUUUUCCAAAACUGUUGAGGUUUCAGGAACAUCAUGACAAAAUACUGAAGAAAUUUUUGUCCAAACUUAAGCAGCAUUUGGACUCCCAGGAUAUGCCCACCAGCUUUUACACAACCAAGUGGUUUUUCCAGUGUUUUCUUGAUCGUACUCCCUUUACAUUAAGCCUCAGGAUAUGGGAUAUCUACAUACUUGAAGGAGAGCGGAUUCUCACUGCUAUGUCUUACACAAUUCUGAAACUGCACAGAAAGCAUCUGAUGAAAUUACAAAUGGAAGAGCUUGUAGAAUUUCUGCAGGAGACUUUAGCCAAGGAUUUCUUCUAUGAAGAUGACUUUGUAAUAGAGCAGCUCCAAAAUUCUAUAUCAGAAUUGAAACGAGCAAAGCUGGAUUUACCAGUAGCUGGUAAAGAAGAUGAAUUUCCAAAGAAACCAUUGGGGCAGAUUCCCUCUGGACCUCUGCCUUCUGUGCUUAACUCCACUCCAAUGCUUAAUGGACAGAACAGUACUGGUACUCAAGCAGCAAAGACAGAGAGACCAUCCACAGAAGAAGAAUCAGGAAGUUCACCAAAUGACCGACAAAGAAUUAAUUCUGUGGAAAAGAAACCUCCCUUACAACAGCAAAAGAUUCGACCAAUGGAGACACAAAACAGUUUGCCUAAGAAUGAGGUAGAUACUAGAAAAAAGCCUCAGCCAACAGAGCAAGACAACUCGAGUUUAUACAAUAAUGCAGCUGCUAAUCAAAAUUCUAAUGCUGCUUCCAAUACAAGAAGGGAAUUUGUACCUAGGUGGAAUAAACCAUCUGAUAUCAAAAUAAUGGAAAAGACAAUGAAACUCACUGCAGAGGUGAAAGGGAGGCCAGUAAACCCUUCUGUUUUGGGCCCACCACCAAGUCCUGGAGAAAUGCAGCCUUUGAAUGUAAAGCAAAAAGUAAGGGUUUUGGAUGCUGAUGAAGGUAAGCGAGGGUCUAAUGCGUCUCAGUAUGACAAUGUUUCAGAGGAUGAAACUGAGAAUGAGAAUCUUGUUGAAGAUAUGCUUGAGAGAGCUCAUCCAGAAAGUCCUAGGCAUGUAGCAUUUUCUAAUAGUCCAAGAAAGCAAAUUGAAAAAAUACCAGCUCCAUUAAAAAUACCCAAUAAUUACACCUUCACUUCACAACCCAGAUCUCCAAAAUACGCGUCUCAGUCUGAUGGUCCACCUCAUGGACUGAAUGUAAAACAGCCACUGCCAGGUUAUAGUAAUCCCCCUACUUACUAUGGGAAUUCUCCAAAGCACGUUUCCAAUAUAGGCAAUGCAAGUUCUGCACCUCUGCAUUACCACGGGAAUCGACCCAGCCCCUCUGGAAGGCCAUACCCUCCUUUUAUGUCAGUAGAUUAUUCCCCAAAUAAACUGCAAAUGAAUUCCUAUCCUGCCAGUCGCCAAAAUCCUCUUUCACCAGCCCCUGCUCAGACAGAAGUCACUCCUGUUGAUGCUUACACCAGCAAUUCGAGGUCCUCCCCCGGUGUCAAGUACAUCAUCCCUCCAGCAGAUUACUUACCAGAGGAGAGAAAGUGGCCGGACGCCACCUACAUCUGCAGACAUGAACCCUACAGGCAGCCCUGGAACCAAGACCUUACCAGAAGCCACUUGGAUAAUUUCCAGAAAUACCAGCAUUUUCAGCCAACACCUUUACAAGACCGCAGUCUUCCUGCUGUUUCUGUGGAUAGUCCAGUGAGAUACAGGACUUCCCCAGCCUUUGAAGAGAAUGGCUCCCCACAGUACCAAUAUCCAAACCCAUCAGCUCAAGCCCAGCACUAUCGGAACAGAACUGAUGGAUUGUCUAUGCAUGAAUCUGUGCUUCUCUGAGAAUCUGGCUAUGCUUAGUAAAAUGGCAAGAACCAAAACCAGUUGAACAGUACUGUGUCAGUAGUAUCCCACCUCAGUUCUCUGAAAUGUGAAUGGUUCAUGUGAGUUCAAAAAUAAUGACACUGUUUCAGAGAUGUUUCAGACUUUGGUUGAAAGCUGGUGGAGUUCUUGGACUUGCAUGGAAGCAACUGGAAGUGAUCUAAUGCACAUAGACAUAGCAAUAAGCUCAUAUACAUCAUGUGGUUCAUGCUGUUGUUGCUCCUUACAUAUUUGAAUAACUUGUGUUACAAUCCUUCUGCCUAAAACCUGUAACACACUGAAAAGUUUUAUUUUGACUGACAUUGUUAAUGCACUGUACAGAUGUGUGUGUGUGCGCCUGUGUGAGUGCACUUACAGUACACAAACUCAUAUGCAAAAGAGCUAAAGAGUUUAAAUGCAUUUAACUUUGGGCAAAGCUUGUGAAGUACUUUUUUUCAUAUUAAUUUUUCUUUGUAAUUUAUUUGAGAAGCCAUUCAUUUUGAAUGGGAAUUUCUGUCAUUUUUAUACAGCUGCCUCAGCAUCCCAGUAUCUGUUCUGGGCAGGAGAGAUGCUUUGGGAUUAUUAAUUUAAUCAUAUGUGAGAGUUAAUUUCCUCUCCUUUGACUACUGUUUGUCAUUUUCCUCAGCAGGAAGGAGCAGGCAGGCAAAAGCAGAAAGCCAAAAAUGUCUCUCUAAUCUGGCUAAGAAAUGGUGCUUAAAUUCAGGGCAGUGUUUAGGGGUUUUGUAAGUGCAUCGAAAGGGGAGAAUUUGUACCUUCUCACCCAAAUCUACCUUUAGAAUGUCGUUCUGUAUGUAAAAGACUGGAGCACAGUGAGACUAAUUCCAGAUACAGAAAUGGUGCUGCAGCCUUCACUUUUUCCAUGCUGUGCUGUCAGACUAAAGCAGACUGCAGGGCCAAAUCUCACAGGUAUGAGAGAAUUGCACAGCUCGUUAACAUCUCUGUGAAGUGCAUGCAGGAGUUUGAGCUUUGCUCCAAUAUUGAUUCUCCCUGAGCUAUGUGAGUAUGCAGUGUCCCUUCUCUUAAGCUUUGUCGAGUGGAUUCUGUUGUGUUUUGCCCUCUUUCCCCCAAAUUGCUGGCGGCAUCCUGUCUGUGAUGGGCGUGUGCUGCUGUGCUCUCGGUUUGCAAUGUGCGGUGUUUCACACUAAAAUGACCCUGACUGUUGUUAACAGGAACCUUAAGCUCCUGCUGAUGUAAGUAAUUCUAAUUAGUGUUGCAGCCUUUUUUCCUUUGUGUUUUCCUUUCUUUGACUGUGAAUUGGGGGUGGAAUGAAAAGCAGGUGAAGUGGCACAUGUAGGUUGGAGUCCUGUGAGCUGCAGGACGCGCUGACCUCUCGCCAGGAGCUGGGGCAGAGGAGGGUCUUGCCAGGAGAGGUCCUUGGAGUGCUGAAUCUCUAAUACUGAAGUACUAAACAUUGGUGUCAACACCAGUUUGAAAGGUUGUCCUGUUCCCUUUUUUUCUCUAAGGUUUGUUAACUGAAAACAUAGAAAUGGACUUUUUUUUUUUCCUUUAAAAAAUGAGCUUUAGUGCCUAUUAUUGCUGCAGGUUGGCUCUGUAAGUUUAAGGUACAGAAGUAAAACAAUUUUUACAAAUGGAAGUAACAUUUACUUAGUAUGUUUCAAAACAUUUUUUUUUGUGUAUAUAACGUGUCUGAUGUAAUUUUUAAUAACUGGGCAAUUUUAUAUUUUUAAAAUUGCAAACUGCAGCAAAGUAACUGUAGCCAAGCACUACACUGAAAUCCUAAACUAAAAUUGUGAAGAUAAAUAUGACUUGGGCUUAUUUUAGUUCUGAUUGCUUACAGUGGCUUAGAAAUGUAUGUAUAUAAUAUUGUGGUUAAGUGUAAUAAUCUCAGUGUUUAAUGAUGGUUCUGUAAUUCAUAACGAAGCUGUACAAUUUAUUUGUGCAAACAACAUGAGGCUCCGAAAUAUGUAUCAGCAUUAGUAAAUACUGUAGAUUUUUAUAUAUAAAAUAUAUACACACUAUUUUCUUAUUUCAUCUGCAACAGUUUUAUAACUGUGUACCCUAUUUUGAUGUGACUGUAUUUUUAACAUGUUAAAAUAAUAAUAAUUAAGCUUA